AUGGCGACGGAGGCCGCAAAGGAGGAGAUGGUGUUCUUCGACGUGGAGACGGCGGCGGCGCCGUCCCCCUCCGACUCGUCCGGCCAGUGGUGGCUGCUGGAGUUCGGGGCCAUCCUCGUCUGCCCGCGCCGCCUCGUCGAGCUCGCCAGCUACUCCACCCUCAUCCGCCCGGGGGACCCCUCCGCCGUCUCCAGGCGCUUCUCGGGCGACCCAUCCCUCUCCGCCGCGUUCCGCGCCGCGCCGCCCUUCGCCGACGUGGCCGACGACAUCUUCGCGCUCCUCGACGGCCGCGUCUGGGCGGGCCACAACAUCCGCCGCUUCGACUGCCACCGCGUCCGCGAGGCCUUCGCGGCGGCCGGCCGCGCAGCGCCGGAGCCCGUGGCCGUCGUCGACUCCCUCAACGUGCGCAUGAACCUCGAGGUGCUCAAGCACUGCGCCGCCGUGCUCAUGCUCGAGUCCAACCUCCCCGCCGGCGUGCUCCCCGGCGCCGACGACGGCGCCGUCACCAGGCGCAGGGCCGCGACGUCUUCUACCACGACGGCGCCCGCGACUCCUCCUCGUCCUCCUCCUGCCGCCGCGGUUCUGAAGGUGAACGGGAGGUCGUCGUGCAAGAGGGACAGCACGGGGAAGGUGGUGGCGGCAGCGAGGGGAGCGGCGACGGCCACGACUAGCGGUGGUGCUCGGAGAGUGCGAAGGCCGAUGACGACGCCGCCGUUCAGCAUGGUCCUUAGGCACUCCAGGGCCAUCGUGAGAUGA